AUGAGCUUUGCCACAAAGCUCUCUGAUUACUUCCUGUUAAUAGAGGACAAUGUCUUUAUUGCCCCCAACUUUGUCACCCACAUUUAUUCGAGGGUGGCCACCAUGAAGUCCAACUCGUGGGUGCUACUGGAGUUCUCCAAUAUGGGCUUCCUUGGCAAACUCUUCCACAGCAGGGACCUCCCACUCCUGGCCCAUUUCCUCCUCCUCUUCUACAAGGAGAAACCCCUCCACAGCCUGAUUUCUCAUUUCCGUACCCUCCUGGUCCAGGAAAGCCCAAUCCUCUGUAGACCUUUCCUCUUCUACCGCAGGAUCUCCUACACUGCCUUUGAUCACAAGCAGAAGGCCACAGGACUUCGGAAAAAGAACACCAUUGGUCCCGAUAACCCGCCUGCAGCUGUCUUCACUAAUAUGCAGGUUUCCAGUGUGCAUUUCCCCUGGGAGGCCUAUACUCUGGAUGAGUCAUUCUUUUGGACACACAACAUUAGUAUAGGAAACCACCUGACAGUGGUUCUGAACCAUCCAGCAAACCUGAGCAGGGUGCAAGUGAUGACGGGCUCCAUUGUGGGGGAGGUACGCCCUGGAGAAGGGGCAGGUGGAGCUGGGCUACGAACCUGAGGGGAUGCCUCAGCACUGCACCAGCUUCGCCUUGCUGGGACGUCUUUCGGAGGGGCAGAUGGAUCAGGAGAUACUUCUGAAAGGUAUGGGGUACCACGUGAGCUGUGUGAGGCUGGUGGUGAAAGCUGGUCAGGCUGGGGGACUCAUAAUCAGGCAUAUCUACCUCUGGGAGAAAAAUGCCAAUUAGCAGCAAGUGGAUCAAUGCUGAAGACAAAUCAGUAGGGGGAUGAAAAAUUAAAAUCUUAAAGCCAUUUUAUUCUAGCCUAUAUGAGUGGCAUAGGGGAGACACAAGGGAAUUAAGGGCCAAGAGAGAGGACUGUCAGUCUUUUGGUGCUGCCAAGAUGUCAGGAGACUUGUCGCUUCCUUUCUACCCAAACAGCUCACAUAGAAUAUCUUUUGCGGGGGCAGAUAUAGCUUAUCCAAAUGUGGGAAGAGUUGUUGGUCACUCCCAAAAUCUUCAGAUACCUGAGAUGCUAGAUCAGCCCAAAUCAAGGCAUCUGUGUGCAUGUGUGUGCGCGCAGGUGGAUGCACAUCUAUGUUCACACACAGGCAGAGGUGGGGUGCAGUAUGUGGUCACAGGAAGGCAGGCAGGAGAACCACAGCUGAAUCCCUAGAACUGACAUCAUAAAAAGCCAUGAAAGGGACUCUCAUUAG